AUGUGUAACAGUGUCCCUGCCACCCUACGAUACAUAGCUAUGUGCCGGGAGAAACAGCCCACGGUGCCAGAGUCUCUGGCCGACUAUAUCACAGCAGCAUAUGUGGAGAUGAGGCGAGAGGCUUGGGCUAGUAAGGACGCCACCUAUACUUCUGCCAGGACUCUGCUGGCUAUUCUGCGACUAUCCACUGCUCUGAAUAUUGUGCUGAGGAAUGGGUCCGAGGCCUUCGACUCCUGGAAGCAGCCCCCUGUGCCUGUGUACAUCCAGUUCUAUUUCUUCAACGUCACCAACCCAGAGGAGAUCCUCGGAGGGGAGAUCCCGCGGUUGGAAGAAGUGGGGCCGUACACCUACAGGGAAAUCAGAAACAAAGCGGAUAUUCAAUUUGGCGAAAAUGGAACAACCAUAUCUGCAGUUAGCAACAAGGCCUAUGUUUUUGUACAAAACCUAUCUGUUGGAGACGCUAAAAGUGACUUAAUUAGGACAAUUAAUAUUCCUGCAGUGACUGCCAUGGAAUGGGCGCAGGAAGGCAUCAUCCAGAGGAUCAUCCACGCCCUGAUAAAGGCCUACCAGCAGAAGUUCUUUGUGACGCACACGGUCCACGAUUUGCUCUGGGGCUACAAAGAUGAGCUCAUGUCCCUCAUCCACCCUUUCAAACCCGAAGUCCCUCCCUAUUUUGGCUUGUACUAUGGGAAAAAUGGGACUAAUGAUGGAGACUAUGUUUUUCUAACUGGAGAAGACAAUUACCUUAACUUUUCAAAGAUUGUGGAGUGGAAUGGAAAAACGCGUAUUGAUUCAGGCCAGAUUGUGCUGCCUGCAGCCCACACUGAGUUUUUGCUCUUCCUUCCUAACAGGUCAGUGCAUAUAACUUUCAGUGACUAUGAGAGUGUACAGGGACUGCCCGCCUUUCGGUUUACGGUGCCUUACGAAGCAUUAGCCAAUACCUCCGACAAUGCCGGCUUCUGUAUACCCGCAGGAAACUGCCUGGGCUCAGGAGUUCUGAAUGUCAGCAUCUGCAAGAACGGUGCACCUAUUAUUUUAUCCUUCCCACACUUCUACCAAGCAGAUCAGAGUUUUGUGUCUGCCAUAGAUGGCAUGCAUCCAAAUAAGGACCAUCAUGAGACGUUUGUGGACAUUAAUCCUUUGACUGGAUUUAUCCUAAGAGCAGCCAAGAGGUUCCAAAUCAACGUUUAUGUCAAAAAAAUAGAUGGCUUUAGUGAAACGGGCAACAUCCGAACCAUGGUUUUCCCAGUGAUGUAUGUCAAUGAGAGCGUUGUCAUUGAUAAAGAGAAUGCAGGCCACCUAAAGUCUGUGAUUAACACUACUUCGAUCAUCAGCAACAUACCCUACAUCGUCAUGGCGCUGGGUGUGUUCUUUGGUUUGGUCUUCACCUGGCUUGCCUGCCGAGGACAGGGAUUCAUGGAUGAGGGAACUGCAGAUGAAAGAGCACCCCUCAUACGAACCUAACCCUGGCCUGAGCUUCGCGAAGGAACCAAAGGAACCGUGGUGAGCUGUCGUGAUGUGGAUCAGACGUGGAAACCAUCGCGUCCUCACAGGCUCCUUGCCUGCUGAGAGAAGGAAGGGGACCAGAACUGGCAAGUGAGGAGAGCAUUUGGCCGGAGCUCAAAGAACAGGCUGAUUUAGCCACUGGGCUCUCUCAGGUCCGUGGUCCCUGACAUAGGGUUUUGUUUUUCAUGUGUCUAGCAAGUAUUUAAUAAACUCUUGUAUAGUAAUUUUAUUGUUGUUGGGUGCUGGUAGCUCCAGAAUUUUGUGACCACUGUUGUGGUUAUAAUGUCUGCAUCACUUGUUAAUGUUACUUGGUCUAACCUUAUUCAGUAUGCUUCAUUCACUAAACUUUGUACUCCAAAUACAUAAAUACCAUUUUCUUGUUGUAUUCCUCCACUCAUGUCACCUCAAAACCAGAAUAAGAGUUCGGAGCCCAGGGUAAAAUGAUAGCCUUGUUGAGUACAUCAUCCAAAUGCACCCAAUUUCCUCUUUUAAAAUAAGUUAUAUACUGCAUUCUGUGUUAUUUGUCAAUUCAUCAUUCCCCCGGGAAAACAAUUUGGUCUUCUACUUUCAUACCUGGUAAGAACCAAGUGAGGAAGGGGGUGGGUGGAGUGAGGCACCUAAUGAGUCCAUAGUGAUAAAUACCUGAGGAUUUUUUACUUGUGCUUUUGUGAACUGAAAGAAUGCAGAGAUAACGUUGGUGAGGACAGUGCAGAUAUUCCAUAUAGAGUAGAACUAAAUGCUAGUUCUGAGAUUUGUGGAUAGCUUGUUAUUUUAGUUAAAAUGAUCUUGAUGUGGAAAGGUGCUCCUAGAAGAAUGUAAUCAAUAACUGACACCCCCCCCAAUCACCCUUGCCAAAUAAAACACUGUAUCAAUUACAGUACUGUUGAUUAUUUGUAAAAUUAUUUAUGAGUAUAGGAAGUCCAUGCAUCUACAGCCUAAGUGGCACAUAAAUUUCAGGAAGUCUGACUACACCGAAGAGAUGUUUCUUUUGGGACAGUAUUUUUGGUUACUUUGAAAUUGUUUUUAUAAGUUGUUCUUCUUUCCUCAGUUUCGGUUCCUUUUGUUGUUUUGUGGCUCACUGUCACUUACUGAAGAGAGAAAAAUGUGCCCUACACUUCCUGUGACAAUCAUCUUGCUGACAGAAUGACACUAUUUUAACAUAUUGCACAGAAAGUACUUCAUAAAGGUCUGUUGAGACCAGAGCGAAGUCACCCCUCUUGAGAAGACCUUUUGGUUUCCGGUGUGACCUAAAUCAGAGGACUGGGAACCAUCCUAUGUUACAGAAUUCAAGCUUAUUUAAGGGCAAUUUUUUUUUAAUUCUCAAAGUUUAAUAUUCAUUUUUGAUUGAGAAAUCUACACAGUUAUCUGGCAAAAUGCACACAGAAUUUCUUAACAACUGAAUAAUUCUACAGGAGUUGUUUAAAAACUGGAUUUCAGUGUAAGCAAAUGAAGAAGAAAAAAAAAGCCAUGGAUUUCACAAAUACAGCCUCUGAUCCCUGUAUAGGGUAAUAAAUCGCUUUAGCUUAUUUGUCCCAACUUUCCCUCUGUACACUAAAGCAACAUGUAAUAUGUUUCCCUUCUUGAAGGGGCAAUUUGUUAAAAUCUUAACAUCUCUAUUAAAGUAAGAUAGAACCUAUAGUUACCCCAAAUCAACAAAAUGUGAAAAACUAAUUUGAAAAUGUUUUAUCUUCAAUAAUGCCAAACAUCUAGAUUUUUUUUAUCAAUAUUUAACUAGAUAACUGACAUAUCUUAUUCUUUUCCACACUAAUAAACCUGAUAAGCCAGUGUUUACUCAUUAGUUCAUCCUAUUAACAGGAUAUAAUCAUCUGUGAGGAGGAAAUUUUUAGUGUGAAUGUUAACAGUUAAUGAUAUCUACCUUUAGACUGAAUCUACAGACAGGAAGACCAAAACCAUAUUAUUCCUAUAUGAUUCUUAAGUUACUUGGCUUAACAUCACAUUUGAUAUUUGCCUUCUGAGAAGUCUGUGGCAAACCCAUAAACGGCAGUCAAGAUUACAGAUUGGUUAAGAAGCAUGAAUGUACUCCCUACUUGGUUUUAGAUGAAAAUAACAAAUUAUUCUUCACGCUCACUCUCUUGGAGCCAUUUUCCUGGAAUGACCUCCUAAGUCUUUGUGAUUGUCACAGUCACAGAACCCCGGUGUCCUGUAUUAUGAUACUCAGCUUAGGGAAGAGCCAAACCGAGAGAGGUUACCUCACUUCUCACAAGGAAAACUGGGAGUUGAACACAGGGUUGGGGAGAAGUAGGCGUGGCCACUUUUAGCUCCAGGUCCCCGCUCACCGCUCCAGGCUUUAUUUCCUCACUUCUAGAAAGAUCAUGAAUGGUCAAGUGGAGCAAGUACCAUACAACUAACCCUUAUCGGGGCUUUUACGUAAGGGAGGCUAAUUUUUUAUUUACAUUGCUCAAGAUAUGAGUUCUGUAAAAGGUGACCUUCAUCCUUGGCCCCCUGGGUGUUAUUACUGGAGUUAAUUGCUUGUGGCUGACCUGAAUGCUCUUCGUGUAGCUUGUAUAGUUGGUUCAUUCCAUGUGAUUCUUGACAUGUUUAUUUCUACCCUUAAUGCAAUGAAGUAUUUCACUAAUAAAAAACCAUUUAUAUGAAA